UACCACUCGAUCCCUCCUCCUCCUCCUCCUCCUCCUGGACGAAUCUCUAUCCUCCGGCAUAUGAAAAAUGCAUUUCACCGCUCCACAUAAUAAUUCUUGUCGGGACUAAGCCGUGACGCCUCCCCCCAAGUCCGGCCGAGCCGCCCGUGUGCUGCAGUGGUCGCCGAGGUCUGCCGAGGACGGCGGCAGCACCAGCAGCAUCUGUCCCUGUCCCCGCCGCCCGCUGAGUUCUCCUGCCCAUCCUACGGGAGCGGAGGACAGCGAGUCUCGCAGCCUGCAGGUGUCUCCCGGCGGAGGAGGCUGCGGAGCCCCUCGGGAUCAUGUGUGGUACCCGAGCAGAUGUUCACUCGCUCCUGGUGCUCUCUGCGAGGCAGACCCUCUGCGAUCCCGUCAGCGCUCUGAAGCUCCCCGGCUCCGAGAGGACGGCCCCGCUCCCGCGCCUGCAGCUGCUCCUUUAACGUGCAAAGGCAGGAUUUCAAGUGAAGGGAAGAAUGGGAGUCUGGCUGCAGCGUUUCCUUCACCGCUACAACAGCAGACUGGGAGAAGCUGAGAGUUUUGGUGCCUGGACAACUGGAUUCUGAAUCGUGAGAGGCUUUGAAAGCCCCCCCCUCUCCCAAAUAAAACAAACCCCUUUGACUUCUUCUCUCAGCAGGAGGGGGAGGGAGGGCGGAUUUACCAUGAAGACAAAUCGAAGAUGCAGAGCCCUGCUAGCAGUGAGUCUGAAUCUGAUGGCUCUCCUCUUCUCUACAACAGCUUUUAUCACGACCCACUGGUGUGAGGGCACACAGAGGGUCCCCAAGCCGAGCUGUGGGAAAGAGAAGAAGACAAACUGCCUCAACUACGGCGGGAAUGAGACUGCAAACGAGACGAACCAGAAUGUGGUUCAUUACAGCUGGGAGACGGGAGAUGACCGCUUCCUUUUCAGGUAUUUCCACACCGGGAUCUGGUACUCCUGUGAGGAAAAUAUCAAUGCUGCUGGUGAGAAGUGUCGAAGUUUUAUUGACCUUGCCCCGGCUUCUGAAAAAGGUGUCCUGUGGUUGUCAGUAGUUUCUGAGGUGUUGUACAUCAUGCUGUUGGUCGUCGGGUUCAGCCUUAUGUGCCUCGAGCUCUUUCAUUCAAGCAGUGUGAUAGAUGGGCUCAAGUUAAAUGCCUUUGCUGCUGUCUUCACUGUGCUUUCAGGUCUCUUGGGGAUGGUGGCACACAUGAUGUACACUCAAGUUUUCCAAGUGACAGUCAGCCUUGGGCCAGAGGACUGGCGACCACAUUCAUGGGACUAUGGAUGGUCCUUCUGCCUGGCCUGGGGCUCUUUCACCUGCUGCAUGGCAGCCUCUGUCACCACCCUGAACUCCUACACCAAGACUGUCAUCGAGUUCAGACACAAGCGCAAAAUCUUCGAGCAGGGCUUUCGAGAAGAGCAGAACUUCCUAGACCAGGAAGCCAUCAAGUACUUCAGAGAAAGGGCUGAGGAGGAGAGGGCUGAGGCUGGGGACCUGAGGUUACAGUGCCUCCAUAGCUGCUCCCCAAAUAGAAAGAUGUGUGCAGUUUCAUGCAUCUAUUUCCUUGGAAAGAAAGCAAGUGAUCCUUCAUUCAGCGGGAGGGAGACUUGGGACAGUGACUUGCUGACUCUGCGCUCUUAA